AUGAGGGAUAAGAAUCAUGUUGACAAGUUAUCUUUGGAGUGGAGUGAAAGUAGUAGUGCCGACAAUUCACAAACUGAAAGAGACAUUCUUGAUGAGCUACGCCCACAUAAAAACAUAAAAGAAGUCGAAAUCACUGGAUAUAGAGGGACAAUAUUUCCAAAUUGGCUAGCUGAUCCUUUGUAUCUUAAGCUGGUGAAAUUGUCUCUUAGCUACUGCAAGGACUGUUAUUCCUUGCCAGCACUAGGACAACUCCCUUCUUUGAAAAUCCUUUCCGUUAAAGGGAUGCAUGGAAUAACAGAGGUGACAGAAGAAUUCUAUGGCAGUUUGUCCUCCAAAAAGCCUUUUAACUGUCUUGAGAAGCUUGAAUUUGAAGAUAUGCCGGAGUGGAAGCUAUGGCACGUACUAGGAAGUGGAGAGUUCCCUACACUUGAGAACCUUUCAAUUAAAAAUUGCCCUGAACUCAGUUUGGAGACACCCAUCCAACUUUCAAGUUUAAAAAGGUUUGAAGAUAGUGGUUCUCCAAAGGUUGGAGUUGUUUUUGAUGAUACUGAGCUGUUUAGAUCCCAACUUGAGGGAAUGAAGCAUAUUGUUGAAUUAGAUAUUAGUGAUUGUUACUCUCUUACCUUCUUUCCUUUUAGCAUACUGCCCACUACCUUGAAGAGCAUAGAGAUAUCUGGUUGCCAGAAAUUGAAAUUGGAGCAGCCAGUUGGUGAGAUGAGUAUGUUUCUCGAGGAUUUGAACUGCAUAAAUGUGAUUGUAUAG